AUGACCGCCACCAGGAGAAUGAGAGGAUUCAAGCGCUGGAUGAAGUGUCAAGGCAUAGAAUGCAGCGACGCCCUCAAUCUCGCAAUCGCCGCAGAAUCCCCACAAUCAAUCUCAGUCUCAGUCGAAGCGUUAUGCGAUUUGCGAGUGGGCGAUGUGGUGGCGAGGAUUCCCAAGCAGAGCUGCCUCACCGUGAAGACGUCAGGUGCCCACCAACUCAUCGAGGAGUCCCAGCUCGGCGGCUAUUUGGGCUUAUCCGUCGCCGUCAUGUACGAGAAGAGCCUUGGUCCGCAAUCGCCCUGGUUUCAAUAUCUUCAGUUAAUGCCCCCCAUCGAGCCCAUUCCAUUGCUGUGGAGCUUCCCUGAAAUUGACUCCCUCCUCUCUGGCACUGAGCUCCACAAGGGCAUGAAAAGUAGCUCAUUUUUGGCAUGCGCUUAUCGUCCAAGAGCAAUGACUCCUUCAUGUUGCUCUAUGUAUAUUCCCUCUUCUAACUCACCAUUCAGAAAUGUCGUUGUUACACAACCUUAA